ACUAAACGAAACGCUUUAUCAUGGACGCGAUUUAAUUAGCUUUAUUUUAUUUAAUAUCAGUCUAAGCAUCAGUAUUGGAAUGCGACUGGUAAACCGGAACCGUGUGCAGUAACCAUCAUCGCAUCAGCAGGUCCUCACGUUCAGUCAUGUUUCUUCUGCACCCGCUUCUGCAGAUAUCUGUGCUGCUGGAUCCGACACUGUGGCUGCCCAUCUCUGCUAGCCCUACCGACGACAACGUACUGCGAGCUGGACACGGAGAUCACGGAGAGCCGGGACACGAAGAAACCCAUAAAGAUUCGUACAGCACGUUCGCCUCGGAAUUCCUCGAGUCUAGAUAUCUAUCAGAUGAAGGUUACCCAUUCCCAACUGCACCCCCCGUGGACCCAUUUGCUCGCAUCAAAGUUAGCGACUGUGGAAUAACCAAAGGAUGCAUCAGAUACGGAAAACCAGGCUGUGAUGCAGAAACCUGCGACUAUUUCCUGAGUUACCGGCGCAUUGGGACAGACGUGGAAUUUGAAAUGAGUGCUGACACUGAUGGCUGGGUCGCUGUUGGUUUCUCCUCUGACAAAAAAAUGGGUGGUGAUGACGUCAUGGGUUGUGUUCACGAUGAUAAUGGACGUGUACGGAUCCAUCAUUUCUAUAACGUGGGCCAGUGGGCCAAAGAGAUCAAACGCAACCCAGCACGGGACGAGGAGGGCGUCUUUGAAAACAACCGCGUCACGUGUCGCUUCAAACGUCCUCUUCAUGUUGCGCGAGAGGAAACGCUGGUUGACCUGCAUCUUAGUUGGUACUAUCUGUUUGCCUGGGGACCUGCCAUACAAGGUUCCAUCACAAGGCAUGACAUUGACUCACCACCGGUAUCAGAUCGCAUGAUUAGCAUCUAUAAAUACGAGGACAUUUUCAUGCCUGCCACAGCCUAUCAGACGUUCUCCUCCCCAUUUUGCCUCCUCCUCAUCGUUGCUCUUACCUUCUAUCUGCUGAUGGGCACACCAUAACCACAACAACCAGUGACGUCAUCAAGAAAAUGAUCACAACUGUGGAGCCACUAAUAGCACAAUGGAGUGCCAACUUGAACAGUAUUAGAAACAGGCAGCAAUGAACAGGAAGACUAUGAGCAUUGAGAUUAUAGAACAUUGUUAUGUACGCUACAAUCGCUAUGGAUUGAUAUUUAGUCAUUUACGGUAAUGUUAUAUAUUUUGAUUCUUAUUCACAAGAAAGCAAGAGUCAGCAGUAUGCUUCAAUACAUUUCGUUUUUAUAAGAAUUGAGAAAUGAAUGAAUGGUACGUUAUGCAAUGGUAGACUCUGCUGCUUAUGGUGUUUAAAACAAUCUGAGCCAAACCAUAAUAUUCAGUAUGCUUACAGUGUCUGUUGUAGCCUGUUUUCCAGUAUUAUUCAAAGUAUUUAAUUGUUCACAUUACUGUAACGUCAAGGCUCUGAAUUUCUGAACAUUUCACUGAUUAUUAAUGACUGUGACUUUUGAGACUGCUACAGUACAUAACCAACCUGCAGCUCAAUAGCACAAACACGCACAUAGUUUUUCAAUAGAACACCACAGCCUUCCAUUUAGAGUGUAUUUAUCCCAGCAUUGCCAGCUCAGUAUUCAUUGAUGCACGCCAGCAGACCAGCCUCAUAUGAGCCAAGACGGUUUAGACCAGUGUUUCCUUCCACUUGAAGAAAAUCAGUGCAGGAGUCACCUGGUCUGCAUACCAAGGAAUAAAAUACUUCGUCAACAAGGACUUCAUAUCAUUGCAAAACUCCAUUUAGACCCUUAUAUAAUCCUUCAGCACUCUGAAAUGCACACAGUAGUUUUAUAGACAUGAGAAAGCAAUUCCUUUUGAUGUAUGCUGGCCAGAGAUAAUCAUGUCAUGUAACACUCUUUGUGAAUGCAGACAUUGCUACCACAAGAAAAAUGUUUGUAAAGCCAUUAAUGAUAUAUUUUUAUUAUUAUGGAAGUAUUAGAGGUUAUGCAUUAACAAGGGUGCAUAAUGAAAAGUGAGCCAUGUAUAUUUCAAAAAAUGAUAUAAGCUAUUCCUACAUUAACAUCUUAUAAACAUUCUGAGUAUGUGAAAUCUUAACCAAAUUGGAAGCAAAGAUGCCUGUGUUGUAUGAUCCUAAAUGGUGGUCCUGAACACCAAAACAAACUUGAAACCCUGGAAAUUAACCAUGGUUUUACUAGAGUAAAAGUGUAGAAAAUACAUGGUUUUAUAAGUAAAAGAUGCUAAGCUAGACCAUGGUUAAUUUUCACACUGUGGUUUGUAUAAAGCUGAAUAAAAUACGAAUUAAAUCUCA